AACUGAGCAAGUCAGUCACAGCGGCGCAAAGGAUGCUGGGAGAGAAAGAGGCGGGGGAAGAGGAGUGACCGGCAGUCAACGCGGCCAAUCAGAUCACAGAAUAACAACAACAACAACAACAACAAAGAAAAUGAUAAAAGGUCGGGUUAAAGGCGGGGACGAGGAGCUGCUGGUUCUUCCAGAGAAGCUGGAGAAGAGGCUGCUGCUAUUUCAGCGCGACGGAGUCAAAUUCGCUCUUUCCAGAGCUGGAAGGUGUCUGAUUGCCGACGAGAUGGGGCUUGGAAAGACGGUGCAGGCCAUCUCGGUGGCGUACCUCUACAGGGACGAGUGGCCCCUGCUGAUCGUGGUGCCGUCUUCACUGAAGUACCCGUGGAUCGAGGAGCUGGAGCGCUGGGUUCCCGAGCUCCGGCCUGACGACAUCAACCUGGUGGAGAGCAAAGCUGAUAUCAUGGGGAUCAGCCAGAGCAAGGUGACCGUUCUGGGCUACGGGUUGCUCACCAAUGACGCGCGGUCCCUAGUGGAAGCGCUGAAAACGCAGCGCUUCGGCGUCGUCAUCGUGGACGAGUCGCACUACCUGAAGUCCCGGAACGCAGCGAGGUCGAAGAUCCUGGUGCCGCUGAUCCAGAGCGCCAAACGUGCGAUCCUGCUCACAGGAACGCCAGCGCUGGGCAGACCCGAAGAGCUCUUCAUGCAGAUCGAUGCUCUGUAUCCGAGGCGCUUCGGCACAUGGAGCGAGUACGCCAAGAAAUACUGCAAUGCUCACUACAGAUUCUUCGGGAGCAGGCGUCAGUGGGAUUGCCGCGGAGCGUCUCAUCUGGACGAGCUGCACCAGAGGCUCAGCGAGAUCAUGAUCCGCAGACUUAAAGCCGAAGUGCUCACACAGCUGCCGGCCAAAAUCCGCCAGAGAAUCCCUUUCGACCUGCCAAAAGAGGCGGCCAAGGAAGCCAGCUCCAGUCUGGAGAAGUGGGAGAGUUUAAUGCGCUCUGUGGGCUCCGGCGAGUCGGCGAACGAGAACCCGUUUACAGAAGUGAUGGGUCUCAUCACGCAGAUGUACAAGCAGACUGCAAUAGCUAAGGCAGGAGCGGUGAAGGACUACAUAAAGAUGAUGCUGGAGACGGAGCAGCUGAAGUUUCUGGUCUUUGCGCAUCACCUCAGCAUGCUGCAGGCGUGUACCGAGGCUGUGAUUGAGGCCAAGGCCGGUUAUAUCCGAAUCGAUGGCAGCGUUCCUUCUGCAGAGAGGAUCCAGCUGGUCCACCGCUUCCAGAACGAUCCGGAGACACGGGUGGCUAUUCUGAGCAUACAGGCGGCGGGACAGGGUCUGACCCUGACGGCAGCGUCUCACGUGGUGUUCGCCGAGCUCUACUGGAACCCGGGUCACGUGAAGCAGGCGGAGGACCGAGCACACCGCAUCGGCCAGACCUCAUCCGUGCACGUGCACUACCUCAUCGCCAAGGGCACUUUCGAUAUGGUCAUGUGGGCCAUGCUGAACAGGAAGGAAACGGUGACGGGCAGCACACUGAACGGAAGGAAGGAUUACCUGAAAGCGGAGGAAGCGGAUAAGGAGAAAUGGGAUUUUCUGAACUUCGCUCAGGCCUGGACGCCGAGCGACAGCGUCACCGGCGAUGCCGAAGACGUCUUCUUCUCACACUUUGAGAAAGACAAACAGCACGACAUCCGCGACUUUUUCUCUCCCGCCUCGGACAAAAAGAGGAAGAGAACGGACGACUCGUCCGUCAGCAGCUCUCCUCAGACACCUUCACGAGACCAGCGGGGAACCGAUGAAAGCCCCUGUAGCCGCAGCCCUGAUUUAGGCGAUCAGGAGGAGGAUUUCUGUCCCCAGGUGAAACGUUUGAAACAGGCUACUCCAUUGUCUCGCCGCGGGGGGAAAUGCAGUCCCAUGAUGCCUCUCGGUGCACCACGCAGGCUCUCGGCAGGACUGCAAACCCCCCACCACAGCCAGAAGUGGAGCUGCCCGGUCUGUACUUUCUCCAACAGCGGCCUGCUGCUGCGCUGCGAAAUGUGCGAGACGCCGCGAGCUCAGAGAGCUCGCAGCCCUUCUGCGUCUCCCUCCCCUUCUGCCUCGCUGCCUGUCUCCAGUCCCUGCAUCACUCUUUCAGACUCUGAAGAGAUCGACAGCACCCCCAAAACACCGCAGACGGUAAAGAAAGACGAAGAGAAGACCCCGGAACCUCCGGGAACUCCGUCCGACGCUAAUGAUAGCCGCGAGUCUGAGUCGGGAGAUGUCUCUCUGCCUGUGUACGACGGCCUGAAGUUCUGCGCCAGCAAAAACACUGACAGGAUCUACAUUUACAGCAAGGAUGGUAUCUCACUCAACUGCAACUUUGUUCCUCUGGAUAUCAGACUACAGAACUGGGAUGACUUGCCUCCAGAGUUCAGCCGCACUGAGAACCGGAGACACUUGGUGCGUUUUGUACGUGAGUGGAGCUUUCUGACAGCGAUGAAGCAAAGGAUGGUGAGGAAGAGUGGCAGAGUCUUUCAAAGCCCAAUGCUGCUUGUGGAUGAGCUCUCACACACACAGCGCCGACACAGUAGCACCAAGAGGUAUCUCUCUAAGCAGGAAGUGGCUCAGACGUCCCUGAGAGCAGCCCAGAGACAGGGGGGGACCGUACGCUCGAUCAGCAAGGACAACUCUUCCUCCUUGAAGAGAUCUAUUAUGAAACCACCCAGUCAAGCUGAUAAGGAGUCGGAAGCAGACACGGGAUAUUUGCAAGCUCUGGACUCUGGAGGCACGCCACUGUGUUUGUCUUGCCAGAAGCCCAGUGCGGAACACUCAGGCUGGGCAGGAGGAUUCUGUAGUGCCAGCUGCAUGGAGGAGCUGCAGCUGCGCUCCAGCCGAGGCUACGCCCGCUCCCGUGUUCUCGAGACGGAGCAAGGUGUGUGUCAGAGCUGUGGCCUUAAUGCACGCCAGCUGUAUCUGCGGGUCCGAGACGCGCCCCACACACACCGCAAAGAGAUACUGGAUAACACAUGGCUGGCACAGCUGCCUCUCAAACAGCUGAACGAGAUGAUCCGUCACCCAGUAGAGGGCCACUUCUGGCAGGUGGACCACAUCAAGCCGGUGUACAGUGGAGGAGGACAGUGCCUUCUGGACAACCUGCAGACGCUCUGCGCCGUCUGCCACCGCACGAGGACAGCACAGCAGGCCAAAGAGCGGAGUCAGGUGAAGAAAGGCGAAGCGGCAUCGAAACUGUCCUCAGACAUCACCAGGUUCUUUAGGAAGAAAUAAGACUGAGCUCCCACCACCACGUUUCCCUCAUCAGUGUAUGUACGUGUUUAAACAAAAACAACCACCAAAGAUCGAGUCCGAUUUAGAGACGUGACGACUUUGACGUGUUUAAGGACGCGAGCGACGCGCCGUGUGUGCGUGUCGCCGUGCUACGGCUGUCUCGAUGAAACACGGAUACGCACUUGUCAGAUUCUUAACAUGCUGCGUUCUUUUAUUUUCUUUUAUCCCCACUAAAUACAGACCUGAGAACUCUCCAGCUACAUGUGGGGUUCAUGUGGAUCUUGGGGAAUGUUGGGUUGUUUUGGACUACAGUACUAGGAACGCGAGGCAGGGAGGGAAGGAACGGAGGAAAGAACAAGAGAUUUAGAAGUGUCUGACUGUCGAGUGACCACGGAGCUGUCAGUGCAGCACUGCUGAGUGGGUACCGCAUGAUAACGCUUAUGUUUCUAGCAGAGCGAGCAAGGAGACCAAGCAUUCUUGUUUGCUUCUAUUUUUAACUCGCGCAGGCUUUCAGAGCAUAAAAGCACCCUGCUGCAUGACUCUUAACAUUUAUCCGCUUACUUUCACUGGUGGCAGCAGUAGAAGAAAUGCUUCUCCGCUGAAUGUUCUGUGUGUGUGUGUGUGUGUGUGUGUGUGUGUGUGUGUGUGUGUGUGUGUGUGUGUGUGUGUGUGUGUGUGUGUGUUAAAAAAAAACGAGAAUGCAAUUUACUAGUGCAGCAUGAAUGCGAUUAAAAAAGACGCAGAAGUUUUCAAUUUCAGCUCGGACCACCAGCUGGUGAUAGAUAUUUUUUUUCUUUUAUUAACCCCCCCCC